UUCAUACAUCGUGUUGUAGUAGUAACAAAGUUGGCAAAGGUCCGUGCGUACACGUACCUACAUGUACAUGCAAUAGAAAACAGUGCUGGUACAUACGACGUUAUGAGUACAUGUCAUCGUUUUAUAGUAGUUACUUUUCGUCGUUUUAUUGGAACACAAUUCGCCACUAUAGGAACAUUUUUAUUAUCAGGGCAAUUCCUAUGCAUGUAUGUGUGUAACUGUGUUAAAAAAUAUCCACAAUUUAUUACGUACUUGUAGUAAAUGGCGUCGAAAGAUAACAACACACAGUAUGUGCGAUGUGUGCGCCUUAUCAGUCUUGAUAAAAUUCAGUUCAAGUGUUACCUUAAACUCAUCAGUUUGUGUACAACGCCGAAGUGUCGCACGAUAUAUCGUUCCGGAUAGUUUGUCAUACACAUCAGUUAUGAAGUUACCGAAGCAAAUUUCUGACGACCUGAAGUGUUCAAGAUGCGAAGGAAGUCUCAGUGUGAGUCCCGUGAUGAUCGAUAAAAUCGGUACUCACGUUUGUGGAAGAUGCUUCAAUCUCCUUCCCGAAGACAAUCGACUGAAUUUUGUGCGCGAAUUGAGCUACGAAGCCGUCGCGAGUUUGUUCCGGUUUAAAUGCAGAUACUCGUCGGAGGGAUGCACCUUCGAAUACCCCUUUAACAGGGGGUCAGAACACGAAAAAUAUUGCUCGUAUAGGUACCGGUAUUUCUCCUUGAAACAAACUAAUUAUCGGUUAGAGUUGGAGAAGAAUCACGCGGCGACGAGUUUUAGCGAAGAACGAUUGCCUCUCAUCGUAGUAAAUGAUAACAGUGAAUCGUCUAGUAGAAGUAGCCCUUUGGGUAGGACACCCUCGUACCUGAAACAGUUGGACAAAACCAACUCAUCCACGGAUGAACCGCAGAGGAAUUGUAAUUCUGGAUAUCAAUCUUCUUCAAAUUCUUUAGAGACGAAAGAAAGAACCCUCGACACUGUUUACAGUAACGUAAGUGUCCAGUCGUCAGCCGAAGACUUUUAUGAAGCAAUUGGGGAGAAUCAUCCCGCAAGAAUAUCCUGUGAUCACUGUAAAAAUCCUACAGAAAACGAGGUAUUUCAAUGCUUGUAUGGCCACACGGUUUGCAAGAACUGUAGAGGACGCGUCUGUGCCCAGUGUGAUACAAGGAUAUCCAUAACGCCCUAUUAUUACUGUAAAAAUAUGUUUAGGGGUUGCACAAUAAAAAUGAAAAUAACUGAGAUCACCACACAUGAAUUCGAUUGCGAAUUCGGACAGUUUCCGUGUCCGUUAGUGAAAUGUGACUUUACAAAUUAUCUUUCUAACUUAAUCAAACAUUUAAAUGAAAAUCAUAAGGAUUGCGUUUUCGUUAGUGAUACGACCAAAAGGAAGGGUUUACUGAAAGACGAACUUUGGAUACAAAUUGUGUACAAUUCGAUCUUUGUUUGUAAGUACUUUUGGUACGAAGAACACGACGAAUUUGUGGCUGAGUACGUGGGAAGUCAAGCGAAUGCCAAAAAGUACAAGUUUCAAGUGGAACUCGAAGGUAAAGCAAAUAACAAAAAGAUUGUAAAGAAACAAGUAUGUCAGGGAUGGAACGCUAAAUAUCUGGACGAAGCUAUAAUUGUAACCGAUUCAGAAUUGAUUAAAAUUAAUGUAGAUGUACUUAGUUUUGAAUACACAUUUAAAAUAUUACCAGCAUAAAUACUGAAACGUGAAUCAGACCUCACAAAUUUUUGUGACAGACUGUAUAUUCUGUUGUGAGACAGUAUUACCGUAAUAUCUAAAAAUGCACUUUCUGUGAAUCAUCACGUUUCGAUUAAGUUUACGAUGAUUACAAAAGGUGUAAAACAUUUAUUAAGCUUUAAUUCAAAAUGGAUACUAUUAAUAUAUAUAUAUAUAUGUAGCAAUUGAUCUUUAUAAAAAGCACAUUAAAAGACUAUGAUUGUUGUUAUUUAAUUAAUUAUUUAAUAUGCUAAUUUUAUUUUCUGUGAUUUGUUGUUGGAGUAUUCCAUGUAUUUUGUUUCUGUGUUAAAAAUGAAGGGUUGGGAAAAGGCUGUGAUGGUUUAAAAUGUUAAAUAUUAAUUAAAGUAUCAUUAAGCAAGCAAUUCCGUUUUUAUUUUUAAUAUUAAAUAGCUUGAAGUCUCUAAAAUGUGCAGAUUUGUUAAGAAAUGUAUUCCAUGAUAAAAUUGCUUUGGACAAACAAAAUCAACUUCCAAGUUACAGGAACUAUUUCGCGAUAACAACCAUUCUUGUAAAUUCAGUUUGCUGAUAGCAAAAUGAAUGUUACGUUAUAUUAAUGAUAUUUCCUAGUUGCUUUUAUUUUAUAUCAACUCCCUUUUGUUUUAAUUUU